UCACUUGACGCAACGUCCGUGUACCCUCGUCAGACUUGCAGUUCUUUCCUGUAGCCUUCUUCCAACCAAGCGCGUUUCUUCAGAGUUUUCUCAUCGGGUGAAUACCCAAAUGCGACAAAAUACGACUGACUGAAGCCCAAAGAAUCGAGACGUGGAUGAUGACGAGGAGAGGUAAUCAAGGCCACAACGAGUAACUGAAAAACGAAAGAAAAUGAGGUGUCCCACAGAUGUCACUGUAGAAGAUCUUCACCAUGAGAAGCACGAUCCUCUCCACGUCAAACAGGAAGAGGAGUCCGAGAUGCCGUUCGUCAAACAGGAGGAAGAGGCAGAGACCCCCGACAUGAAAGAAGAAGACCAGGAAGUUGAAAUCCACAUGUUUCCAAUGGGUGUCAGUGUGAAGAGCGAAGAAGUUGAAGGACCAAGCGAAGAGAUCGGAGCAGCGAACCUUUUGACCGACAGUCCGUUUCAGCACGUGACAGCAAAAGUAGAGGGACGAUCGCAACCGGACAGCCUCUCAGCACCGCUUUCGGACAGCGACGACAUAACGUCACAUUCUUCUGACUUUAAUACUGAUGAGGAGGAGGAUGACUUUGACCAAAAUGCUUCAAAAUCUUUAAAGAAGUCAUCAUUGAAAAGAGACACCAAGGAAUGCAUGGUUAGGAAACCUUUUCCCUGCUCAUUAUGUGACAGAACAUUUUCUUGGAAACGUAAUUUAAAAGCACACAUGCGUAAACACACCGGCGAGAAGCCUUUUGCCUGCACACUUUGUGAUAAAAAAUACUUCACGAGGACAAAUUUAAACAUUCACACAAGAAAACACACUGGAGAGAAGCCUUUUGCCUGCACACUUUGUGGUAAAAGAUACAUCGAUAAGAGAGGUUUAAACAUUCACACAAGCAAUCACACUGGAGAGAAGCCUUUCGCCUGCAAAAUUUGCGGUAAAAGAUUUCAUCAGAAAAGUGAUUUAAAAACGCAUAAGCGUACACACACGGGAGAAAAGCCUUUCGCCUGCACACCUUGUGGUAAAAGAUUUUCUCUGAAGGCUAACUUAGAAAGACAUAAGCGCAUACACACUGGAGAAAAACCUUUUGCCUGCACACUUUGCGAAAAAAGAUUUUCUCUGCAUGGUAGUUUAAUUAGACAUAGGCGUAGACACACUGGAGAAAAGCCUUUCGCUUGCACACUUUGCGAUAAAAGAUUUUAUCAGAAGCCUCAUCUAGAACGGCAUCAGCAUACACACACUGGAGAAAAGCCUUUUGCCUGCUCACUUUGUGGUAGAAGAUUCUCUCAGAAUACAAAUUUAGUAACGCACAUACGCAGACACACUGGAGAGAAGCCUUUCGCACUUUGCGAUAAAAGAUUUUUUCAAAAGACUGAUAUAAAAAAUCAUCAGCGUACACACAGUGAAGAGAGGCCUUUCGCCUGCACACUUUGUGGUAAAGGAUUUUCUCGGAAAGAUAGUUUAGGAAUACAUAAGCGCAUACACACCGGAGAAAAACCUUUUGCAUGCUCACUUUGUGGUAGAAGAUUUGCUCAGAAAGGAACUCUAGUAAGGCACGCAAGAGUUCACACUGGUUUCAGGGACGGAACGUUUCUACUUCCGGUUCACUUGACGCAACGUCCGUGUACCCUCGCCAGACUUGCAGUUCUUUCCUGUAGCCUUCUUCUAACCAAGCCUCAUCGGGUGAAUACCCAAUGUUCCACAGACGUCACUGUAGAAGAUCUUCACCAUGAGAAGCAGGACCCCUUCCACGUUAAACAGGAAGAUGAGUCCGAGAUGUCGAACAUCAAACAGGAGGCAGAGCCAGAGACCCCCGACAUUAAAGAAGAAGAACAUCAAGUUGAAAUACCUAAGUUUCCAAUGGGUGUCACCGUGAAGAAUGAAGAAGAGGAAAGAACAAGUGAAGAGAGCGGAGGAGCGAAUCCUUGGAGCGACAGCUCAUUUCAGCACCUGACAACAAAAGGAGAGGGACGAUCCCAACCAGACGGCCUCUUAGCGCCGCUUUCGGACAGCGACGACAUAACGUCACACUCUUCUGACACUAAUGAGGAGGAUGUUGGCUUUGACCAUAAUGCUUCGAAAUCCUCAAACAAAUCAUCGUUGAAAAGAGACAAAAAGGAAUGCGCGGUUGGGAAACCUUUUCCCUGCUCACUCUGUGAUAAAACAUUUUCUUUGAAACAUCAUUUAACGACACACAUGCGUACACACACCGGGGAGAAGCCUUUCACCUGCACACUUUGCGAUAAAAGUUUUUCUCAGAAAUCUUCUUUAGAAAUGCAUAAGCGCACACACACUGGAGAAAAGCCUUACGCCUGCACAUUUUGUGGUAAAGGAUUCGUUCAGAAGACUGAUUUAAAAAGACAUAAGCUCACACACACUGGAAGGAAGCCUUUCGCCUGCACACUUUGUGGUAAAAGAUUCACUACGAAGGGACAAUUAGUGUUGCACACAAGAAACCACACUGGAGAAAAGCCCUUCGCCUGCACACUUUGUGGUAAAAGAUUUUCUCAGAAGACUUAUUUAGAAAAGCAUAAGCACACACACACUGGAGAAAAGCCUUUCGCCUGCACAUUUUGUGGCAAAAGAUUUUCUCGAAAGGCUUAUUUAGAAACGCAUAAGCUUACACACACUGGAGAAAAGACUUUUGCCUGCACACUUUGUGAUAAAAAAUACUUAACGAAGGCAAAUUUAAACGUUCACACAAGAACACACAUUGGAGAGAAGCCUUUCGCCUGCAUACUUUGUGAUAAAAGAUUUCAUCAGAAGACUGAUUUAGAAAAGCAUAAGCGUACACAUACUGGAGAAAAGCCUUUCGCCUGCUCACUUUGUGGUAAAAGAUUCACUCAGAAGGGACAUUUAGAAAAACAUAAGAGUAUACACACUUGAGAAAAGCCUUUCGCCUGCACACUUUGUGGUCAAAGAUUUUCUCUGAAUUCUAAUAGAGAAAGACAAGCAUACACACACUGGAGAAAAGCCUUAUGCCUGCUCACUUGGUGGUUAAAGAUUCACUCAGGAACUUCUGUAACGCACGCAAGAGGCCACCUUUGUAAAAACCUUUGAAUUGCAGCAUGUGACAAGUUAUUCUGAUUCCUGCCACGCAUUUAUGGUGGAAAAAGUAUUUCAGUUUCAUUGUUCAGUUUCCCAUGAGCCACUUUUGAAAAAGUUAUUGAAAUGAUUUUUCAGCUGCGAUUCUUUUUCUAUCCUAUAUAUAUACACACACAGUGCCCUCCAUAAUUAUUGUGAGACCUAAUAUCAAAAUAUAUCUCAGAAUCCAUUUUUUUUACACCCUCAAAAGCAGUAUGUCAGUUAUGGAAC